UGUCGACACGCCCCCUUUGGACCACUCCUUCCAUCGAUAACUGAUUGUAAAGUGGAUAAGAAAUUCCCCAAAAGGCAAAGCAAAGCUUUUAUAUCGAAGCUCUACUGGAGUUACGUACAAGACACGAAGCAACGCGACUGGUUACCCAGCCAACCAGAGUGUGGAGGCGUGGAGAGUUACUGUUCUAACUUGGCACUUCACUUAAUUGGAAGAUGGAUGUGGAAAGACACGCAGGUUACUACCAGCAACAGCAGCCUCAGGUACAGCAAGCUGACUACCAUCAACACCACGAUGCUGACCAGGAGUACCUGAGGAUACAACAGUACUCGCGGACGCUACAGGAGCGGCGUCACAGGUUGCUAGGCAAUCUACAGAUCUACCCUCACCAAAAGUACGAGAUAGAGUCUCAACUACGACAAGUAGACAGAGAGAUUGAUCAAUGUCAGCAGCAACUGGCCAUCAUGUCCGGGAUGGACCAGGGGCAAUAUAACGCUGGAUACGGGAUCCCCAAGCCGCCGCCCACCACCUAUAAUAUGCAAUCUCCCGGGGACUCGGCAAUAAGCUCUGGUGGUCCGUCAGGUGUCACUACAAAGGCUCCGUCAGCACUGGCUGAUCCUGACGAUCUGGAGAAGAUUGAACCAGAGGAGGACGGAGGUGAUCCCUCAGCUCAUGGUUACCCUCCCAAUACCACACGGGCCACAGGCUACCCACCAAGCUAUCCAGAUCAGCAGGGAAGGGUUGCGGAGGGUAUGCUCAACUCUCAGGCGGAUCGUAUUCGUAUGAACAUGUUCCCUGGGGAGGUGGCGGGUGACGAGGCCACACCCACUAACAUGCCCCCUGGACAGCAGUCCAACCUACAGCGACUGGCACAACCCUCACAGCUACUCAAGACAACAGUCUCAAACCUUGCUAACUAUCAGAGCUCCACUGAUAUGACGGCACAGCUACUGCCAGAGCUGGGCAAGCUUCUAUCUCACCCGGACGACCCUAUUGUCUUAGAGGCUACUAAACUUUUCCUGGAGCUAUCAAAGAAGGACGCCAGUUGCCGCGCAAUUAUUGGCAAUGGUAAUAUAGUGAGUACCCUCAUUCAAGCCAUGGGGUCCACCAUGAGUGCAGAGAUACAGAAAAUGGCUGCAGGAACACUACACAACCUUUCCAAUGACAGACAAGGGUUACUGAUGAUCUACAACUGCGGUGGCAUCCCCUACCUAGUACGUCUCCUCACCUCUCAAGUGGAUGCUGUCUUGUUCUACGCCGUCACCACACUGCAUAACCUGCUACUCCAUUACGAGCCUGCUAAGAUGGACGUACGUCUAGCCGGGGGUCUGGAGAAGAUGGUGGCUCUACUGGUGAAGGACAACCCAAAGUUCCUGGCCAUUGCUGCUGACUGUCUCCACCUCCUCGCCUACAAGCACCAAGACUCUAAGCUCAUUAUCCUGGCGGCUGGUGGCCCCGCCCUCCUAGUACGCGUGAUGCGUCUCUACACAUACGAGAAGCUUCUUUGGACUUGUAGUCGUCUUCUUAAAGUACUUUCCGUGUGUCCUAGCAACAAGCCUGAGAUAGUGCAAGCUGGAGGCAUGCAAGCCCUUGGCAGUCACCUUGGCAAUCGCUCCACUCGUCUCGUACAGAAUAUUUUGUUCACUAUUCGUAAUCUCUCGGACGCAGCAACUAAGCAGGAUCACCUUGACGACCUCCUCCGCCAGCUAGUGGCCUUGCUCGGCUCCAACGAGGUCAAUAUAGUGACUUGCUCCACUGGUAUUCUCUCCAACCUCACCUGCAAUAAUGCUAAGAACAAGACCAUCGUCUGUCAACUACAUGGCGUAGAGGCUCUCCUCAGAGUGGUGAGUGCGUGUGGUGGGCGGGAGGAGAUCAUGAAUGCGUCCGUCUCAGCCCUACGUCACCUGACUAGUCGUCACCCAUCAGCAGAAAUGGCUCAAAAUUCAGUACGACUUCAAAACGGGAUCCCAUUGGUCGUCAACCUCAUGCAACAUCAGAGCCGAUGGCGUAUGUGCAAGCCGCUGAUUGGUCUAAUUCGGAACCUUGCUUUAUGCACGGCUAAUCUCGGCCCUAUGAGAGAGCAGAGUUGUAUUCCAAAGUUAUGGCAGCUGUUGAGCAAGGCAUAUCAAGACUCUAACAAGAGGAGUGUCCCCAACGGCCCGGCUGGUUAUAUAGAUGGUGUGCACAUGGAGGAGAUCAUGGAGUUGUGUGUGGGGGCACUCCACCUCAUGGCACGGGAGCCAGCCAGCAGACACACUAUCAGACAACUCAACUCCAUCCCAUUCUUUGUCAUGCUGUUGAGCUCCCAUGCUGAGAACCUGACUCGUGUGGCAGCCGGGGUAUUGUGUGAGAUUGCUCAGGAUCAAGACGGUGCUGCUCUCAUUGAGAAGGAGAAUGCCACUGCUCCACUCACUGAGCUACUCCAUUCCCCUAAUGAAGGGAUAGCUGCCUAUGCUGCCGCUGUCUUGUUCUGUCUGUCAGAUGAGAACAGACCACAACAACCUGGAAUGCUGCAAGGCGGAGGGGCUCCUGGCUAUUACGGUGGUGGAGGUCACAUGGGUCAAAUGACGCCUACAGGGUGUAUGACCCCGUCCAGUCAUGGCCACACCCCCAUACACUACUCGGACAUUGGUCACACCCCCUAUAGCCACACCCCCAUACACUCCCACCCCGGCUCUGGCUAUGUCACACCUCACGGCCCUCAAGACCUCUCAGGAAUUGUAACACCUGAUUUAGAUCUUCCACUGGAUUUCUCUGGUCUUGAUGAUUUGCCCGUUGCCGGUAGCGAAAAUGUCGCAGGGUUUCCACAGCCUCAUACGCCCACGACUCACACCCCUCACACACAUCACUACACUCCCCACCCCCACACGCAACACCAGCCGGUUGUACAGAACCUACAACAUCCAUUGCAAGGAGGGGAGGUACAGUACACACAGCAGACAAGCUACAAUCCACCGUCCCCUGCUGUCAUGGAGACCAACAACGCAGCCUGGAAUUUUGACUCAGAGUACUAAUGUUCUAAUUAACCAACCAACUCUCCCACAACUCUCUCUUCAGUUCUGCCAUUUUGUAACUACUGUAAUUUUGUAAUGUGUACAUUGAGUAUCAUUACUGUAACGAUGUAUUGUAGUUAGCAUGUCAUGUGUAUUGCAUUUUGUUUUGUUUCCCUUAUUUUCUUGAAAUUGACUGUGAUAA